AAAACCAAGACCCCAACCAACUUUAGUAGGUAGAUCCCGGCCUACUUUCACUGUCUUGGGUACGUCUUGUGCUUCUUAACAUCAGCAACAAAGAAAGGGACAAGAAAAGAUCAUACCCUUCUAGCUUAACUCACUUAUUUCUCUAAUUCAUGACCCGACUCUCGUUUCAUUCGGCCCGAUCAACAUAAUAAACAUCACCACUCUCUUUGUCAACCAGAUUCUCCGGGGCCUGGACAGAGCUUCUGGGCUCCGAUCCACCGCCGCUUUGUUGUUUCGUCUCCAGCCAGCGCGCUAACACUCUCCAAUCGUCCCUUAUCGUGUGCGACUGGGUCACUUCCUAUGCCUUGUCGCUCGGCAUCAACCACCACCACUAUCAGCCACCAUCACACCGCGACAACCCUGCCAAUCGGUCGUGAAUGACGCAUGAUUUGAGCAUCCUCCAUUUCCAGGGACUCGCGCUUCUUUCAAGUCCUUUAUCGCAUUUGUGUCUCUCCUCUUGGUUUCCAUCGUCGCGUUCUCGGCCUCCCUGCGUACCCCUCGCGCGCGUCACCUGCGAUCGCCAAACCUCGUACCGUAUCGCAUCGCAACUGCACUGCACAGCAUCGCACCACAUCCCCGUCUUCGUCCUUCCGGCAUGCUGACAUCCAUGAACAAUGGAAGCCGCGGCGAAGACGGUUCAGCAGCUCACACAGCGCAUCCUCCCCGAGAAACCACAUCAUCUCUCUUACUCCCCGGACUGGCGAUAUCACAUCCCCGCCAGCGAAUCCCGACAGAAGCAUCCUGAGGAAUGGGAUAAUACUCGCCUGCAAUAUUCGACUCUCGUGUCGGAAGCCGAUCGCGGUGUUCUUCUUACUAGAUCCUACUACGACAUGCGUGUCGAGCCUCCUAAGCCUGUCCCUCGUGACGUGGGCAUUCUCGCAAAAGGCGGCGAGAAGAAGAAGCUAUCACUCAGUGACUACAAGAACAAAAAGACGUCUGGUGUAACCUCGGAUGCCUCCACCCCAGAACCACCCAGCGCCAAAAAGCGCGACCUAGAGCGCACAUCUGCAGAGCCAAGAUCUGUACCCGAGAUUAGGAAGCCCGAUUCACAGCGACAAAAGGAUCAGCUCCCCGAGACCAAAUCACAAAAGUCCAGGGAACUUCCAGUUGUCGACAUGAGGCUACCCCCUAAACCGCCCGCAUCCCUUCCACCUCGUCCCGUAUCACCAGACAGCAGGAAACGUGCAUCGAACGUCGAAGAUGACCACCGAUCGCAAAAACGACACAGGCCGGACAUGCCUCGCUCUCACGAUGAUCGAUCGCGACCAGGCCGCGAUGAACCCCCUCGCAGAAAGGAUAGAGACUCUUUGGCACCGUCCGAUAUCCCACCAAGGGACAAGCCUACCAACUCUUCGUCGCUUCCCAAUGGACGCAGUAUCUUAAAGAGUACCAACGCCGCCACCCGCAAUCCUUCUCCAGCUGGGCGCGCACGUGGUGAUUCUGUCAAUGGCGUUCGACCUGGCGCACCGGGGAGCACGAAGGGGACACCAAACAAGAUAGAUAAUGUUUCGCGGUCGUCCGUGCCCCCGCUACUAUCUCCUCUUCACUUAAACUGGGAUAGCCAAAACUCAACGGACAAAGGCGACAGGAGACGGGUACGUGAGGAUGCUGCGGAUGCCACCAAAGCAGCGAAGCUGAAGAAGCUGGACCCACCCCCGGCAUUGAAGACAAAGAACGAUUCAAUCAGAGAAAAAUCCCCAAUACGCUUGCCUGCGCUCCUAUCCCCCACAUUACCAAGCUCCCUGGAGGCUGAGCUAUCGCGGAGAAAGGGUUCAACAAAAGCAACGGAGUCCAAGACCCAAGAUGACCGAGACAAGGAUGAACCACGUGAGAAGCGUUCCGAAGAAAGCCACAAGUCAUCAACGGCGAGGAAAGCGCCUGUCGAGCAUGAAGAAGAGGAGGACGGAGAGGGUGGAGAGGAGCAGGAUGGAGAUGCUCACAGUACUAAAGAAAAGAAACGGCUGAUCGUUACUCUACGAAUAUCCAAGAGAAUGCGGCAAACGUUGAAGCGUAUCCUGGCCCUACCUUCUAAGCGCAGAGAGCGGUCUGAAAGUAUGGAGGCGCCAUCUAUCAGCCAGGCGAAGAAGCGCCCCGCAUCAUCAGACAACACCGGCGAUACAAUAGCCGUCAAAAGACCUCGAAUGCCUUCGGUUUCUGCGAGUCUCCCACCACCAUCGACUCCUUCUAAAAAGGGUACAGCCAUGUCCCGAGUCAGCUCCAGCAACUCGCAGGCUCAUACCCCCGGCGACUCGUUCACCGUGACACCUGUACCUGUUGGGUCAUCAGAUCGGCCAACCACCAAUGGCACAGAUGCCGCCCGUGACAAGGCCGACCCGCGGGCCAUUUUUGACAAACACACACGAUUUUCCACCCUAGGUCGGCGACUGAAGCAUGAAGGCGAUGUCGCUAAUCAACGGUUUAACAAGCUUUCGAGUAGUGGCGACAAACGAGGGGCCGAUUCGAGUCGCAAACAAUAUUACGCACUCGCCGUGGAGAGCACAGUUGCAUUCAUGGCGAGCUUCUACCUUCUUAACGUCAGUCGAAAUUUACAAAAUAAACCAUCUGAUCCGGGCUCUUGGGCUAGCCUGAUCAAGAUGGUGGAUUAUCUAACGAACGAGACACGUCGUGACUCGCGGCGAAGCCAACCUAUGUAUGCUCUUAUCUUGAUUCUACAAGCCAUCACUGUGGAUGAAUUUCUCAAGGCAUCUGCCAACUAUGAGAAUAUCUCUAAGGAGGAGCUUUUUGCACACCAGUCGACUCGUUAUCGAAAUUGGCCCGCGGUUCACACCAUUUACGAUGGCAUAGGAAGCUCUCGUCUUCGAGCUGACAUUGCGCCCUGGUCGACCGUCGAGGAAGUUUGCCAAGCGUCGAUGCGUGUUGUUCGGCACUGGUGCCAGGAGGAGAACGUCCAGUGGUCACCGGAGUUUGAUCCCAAUGAAGCCAGCAUUAGGGUUGCCCGGUAAUGAAGCCAUUCUCCCUUGUCGUGUCGUACAGGAUCAUCGAAUAAUCUUUUGGGCUGACGCUUAUAUCAAGAUCGCUGACGAAAGAAUGGAUUCUGCGGAUCCCACAUUCAUAAGUCAUCGAUAGGCCAAAACCGAAAAACUCACCAUCAACCAGUGUAGUAGCAUCUACAAUAACACUGGGAGCGCGCCAUAGAAGCCAUGCAGUUGAAACGAAGCUCGAAUUAAGCGAGAUGAUUUCGCAUUGUGCACAUCUCAUGGAAUGUGCUUAUUACUGAACUCAAGGUCGAGUUUGCAUAUUGCCCCCUGACCUGCCACUCUGCCGAGGAGCGUGGCAAGGACCAAUAUUACCUAUUUUGCUUGUACUAUGAUAUCCCCGGGUCAAAACGGAUAGCGUUCAAUUUUCAUCUCUUACGCCUCGGACGUCGCGAGUGAGGUCAUGACAUGACUUUUCUCACUUUUCUUUCUAUUUAUUGUACUCUACGGCUGGAAUGGGGGUUGUUUUCCGAGAAAGACAACGGAUAAUGAUAUGAGGGAGUCAAAGGAGCAUCUGGCGAAAAAGAAAAAGGGAACAGCAAAGGGUGUGUUUACAGGGAAAUACCAUUUCGUCGGGUGUGCAUACACAUACAUUCAUACAUAAAUGCGUGCAUGCACCAGCAUGGAACGAAAAUAAAGGACUUGAACUCAAUGGCUUGACGCAUAGCCCUGAUACUAUCGAGAUCGAAGCCAGAAAGAACCACAUAAGCCAAUGUUAUGAAAUAUUCAGAUUUUGCCAUACGAGUUGCAUGCCGCGGAUGGGUUUCAUCAUACUGUAGUUACAGGAAAUUCUAGCUCAGCUGACAGCGUUGAUGAAUUAGCAAUCUAAGAAGAAAGAAAACUCAGGACCCGAUC